AUGACACAGAGUGAGAAACGAAAGCAGCGCGGUGAUGAGGAGGUGGUCAAGGAACUGUGUUUGGCCAAUGGAGUGUCUUAUGAAAAUAUUGCACAUGAAGGAAGCAACGUCAGCUCCCUGGAGAUCUUCUUCUCUGGUUUUCCCCGCAUGGUUGGGCUUUCGUUCUUCCCAAGGCUCUGCCAGUUCACCAUAUUGGGCCAGAAUAUAAAACACAUUGAAGGACUUGAGUGCUGUCCUCUGCUUCGGGAGCUCUGGGUCGUUCAGUGCCAUCUCACCGGGAUAUCUGGGCUACAGAAGUGUCUACAACUAGAGAAACUUUACCUGUAUGAUAAUCAGAUCUGUGAAAUAAAGAAUUUAAAAUUGCAGAUUAACCUAGAAGUCUUGUGGCUCAACAACAACUGCAUAACUCAGAUAAAGGGCUUGGACACACUUCAGAACCUCAAAGAACUAAACCUUGCUGACAACAAUAUUGAAAAGAUUGGGCAUAGCCUUGAUCCUAAUGUCAGGCUUCAGAAUCUUAAUCUGUCCGGGAACAAGAUCAGCUCAUUUAAGGAGCUGACCCUGCUUGCCCGCUUACCCCAUCUGAGAGAACUAGCACUGAAGGACCCAACGUCAACCUCAAACCCAGUGUGUCUUCUGUGUAACUACGCCACACACGUUAUUUACCACAUCCCAGGCCUCCAGCGACUUGACACAUAUGAUGUCUUUAGCAAGCAAGUCAAGGAAGCAGCUGAGUCCACAGUAAUGAAGAAAAUGAUGUACUACAACAUGCGUGUACAUACUGCUCAGAGGAACCUGGCAGAGAUCCAACUCAGUUUGAUGGAGAGGAAGAAAACUAUGUUACAGUUACCAGGAGAAUGCAUCAAAACACUGAAUCACGCCCUCAAGAGUCUUGAAGGUGAGCUCUCCAAGGUGCCAGCUACUUGUAAGAAGUCUGCCUGCAAGAUGGAGGACGGAUCGACCCACCUGGUUGAAGGUUCAAUUUGCAGAAGUGACCCAGCCACUGACUUCAGUCGUGAUCCUGCCAUGGAGCACAAAAUACUCAGCAAGAUUGAAGCACUAAGGGAGAGACUGGUGCUAAGGACGAGGAGGCUGGAUGAGAUUGAAGCAUGGUAUGAGCGGGGUUUGACACAUGCCACAAACAUGAUGGAAUAUACAGUCCAGUUUCUAUUGAUGGAGCUGGAAAGUGUUGGAAAUAUUCGUUUGGAAGAGGGCUGCUCCAAAGACCCAUGGUUUACUUCCUGUUGCGACCUCUUGCAUUCCCGCUUCUCUCAUUCAGACUUUAAGGUUUGCAACAUCGCUGGCAUUAAGAUCAAUAGAGUUAUCCGCAUCCACAACAGUGCUUUAAGGCUUCGCUUUGAGGACAAACUUCACACCCUUCUAGCAAGCAAAGAGUCUGCUUCACACAGGAAUUACAGACGUCGGCUGGAGCACUUGUUCUACGUAGCUGACCCUGAACAAAAUAGCGAGAGGGAAGACAUUUUGUGCAUUUUAGAGGAAGGCUUCAAAACAACCAAACAAAAUAAGGCAUUGGAAAGAGAGGGUACUAUAUCUUUAUCCAACAGCCUGAGUGUGGUUGAACAGCCCAGAAUUGAACACGCACUGCGUCAGGCCAGCCAAGAUGAUUCCAAGCACAGUACGGACACAAUCCACUUCAUGCACGGUCAGGUUAUUGUCUCCAAAGUUUUUGUGGGCCACAGCAUGCCUAUCCGAGAGGGAGACCCGCUGGACAGAAGCAGAUAUCCCAGGGCGUACUCUGUUUAUCGCAAUGUGGACACUAAGCACAGAACUGCAAUAAGUGAAGAGAGACCCAACUCCACAAAAACACACACGGGUCCUGAGUGCAGUCCCAGACGAAGACAGUGGUUUGUGUUUGACCAUGAGCUUGUCCUGCCUGAGUACAUCAUUUAUUUUGAAUACAUCACCACCAGGGAUCAAGAACAACCACACAGCACAGGAAUUGAUGAUACUCCGUCCAACAAUAUCAUCCUAGACAGGGAAGUCCUCAACAUGGAACCGGUGCUGAAACCGCAGCCCAGGUUGUUGAGCUUGGAUGACAAAAUUCUGCUGAAUGUGGCCAAAGCCAAUGUCCUCAGUCAAAUCACCGUGCUGAAUCUUCAUGGCAACAGUCUGAGUAAAUUAAAGGAGAUUUCCCGCCUCACAGCUCUGAGGCAUCUUACCAUCAGCUUCAAUGAGUUCACACACUUGGAUGACAUUUCUCACAUGCCCAACCUUGAAUUUUUGGAUGCCAGCUACAAUCGCCUAGUGACCAUAGAAGGGCUGAGGAGGUUGGGACAGCUUAAACAGCUCGACCUGCGUUGGAACAUGCUGACCAAGGCCAGAGAGGAUACAGCUGUGCUCAGAAAACACACGCCUGCUCUGCUGAAGCUUGACACACGAUAUAACCCCUGGAUCAGGGUGCGUGCUUCCAAAACAGUUCGAAUGACAAUACUGGGCCAACUAACAACCCUCACCCACCUGAACGAUAUGAUGGUAGCAGAGGAGGAGGCUGCUUAUGCUGUUCUGAUGACUGCUGGAUCCAAAAUUAACCAGGCAUCUCUUCUGGUUCACUCGAGUACCAACAGUGACCGACCCCGCAGUCUCAGCCUGCUGUCAACAGCCCAGCACCUAUGUCCUCUCAGUCCUGCACCCUGGGGCCUCACCCGAGAGCUGGAGCUUGACUGGACUGCAAAGAUCACUGCCCUGAACCUUGACAGCCAGAGGAUUUCCAAACUGAUCAGUCUGAAUAAGCUGGUGAACCUUCGCUGGGCUUCGUUCAAUGAUAAUGACAUUUCUAAAGUGGAGGGUCUUGACAGCUGCUUGAAGCUGGAGGAGCUUUCCCUCAACAACAACAGCAUAAGCACACUCAAUGGACUAUCAAAACUGCAUUGCCUAAAUAAACUGAGUGUAGACGGGAAUCAGCUGUCUAGUCUAGAUGCCUCGGCCCUAGAUCGGCUGACUAACCUGUCCUUUAUGUCUGUGGAGAACAACUAUAUCAGUUCCCUGCAUGGCAUCCAGAGAGUUCGCUCCCUUCUUGAGCUCUACAUCGGCAACAACCAAAUCUCUACCUCACGUGACAUCUACUAUCUGAAGGGAUUAACAAACCUCAUCAUUCUGGAUCUUUAUGGGAAUCCUUUAGUGGAGAAACUGGAAAACUAUCGUAUUUAUGUGGUUUUCCACCUACCCUUUCUAAAAGCGCUGGAUGGCAUUGCAGUGGAGGUGACUGAGUGUGAAAGUGCAAAGGAUAUGUUUGGAGGAAGACUAACCCCUGACAUGGUAGCAGAGAAGCUGGGCCACUCAAACUACACAGACAUCACCUACCUUACCCUGCAGUCCUGCUCCAUUAAGAUGGUCGAUCUGUCUCCAGCAGACCUGUUCUGUAGUCUGCGCAGUGUCAACUUUGACCACAACAACCUCACCUCUUUUUCUGGCCUCAUUUACCUGCCCAACAUCAAAGCUCUGUGCCUGAACUACAACCACAUUGAGUCCAUCCUGCCCAGACUGAAGACUCAGGCUCCUCUCACAAAUAGACAGAUUCUGUACAGCAAAGUUCACUCCAGUGGUUAUGGCCAACAGAGCCCAUCCAAAGGCAAAGGGGAAACUGGGCCCACUGGCAGUCUAGAGCCACUGAUGGGCAGCCUGGAGGUGCUGCAUUUAAGUCACAAUGGCAUCUCCAAUAUGGCCAAUCUGCAGCUCAGCAGGCUCACCAAUCUUAAAGCGCUCUUCCUUCAAGGUAAUGAGAUCAGCCAGGUGGAAGGAUUGGAAGGUCUUCACCAGCUCCGAGAGCUUGUGUUAGACAGGAAUCGGAUCAAAGCUCUGGCUGAUAACUCUUUCAUAGCCCAGACCGUCCUGCUAGAACUGCACCUAGCAGAGAACCGGAUUCGGGAGCUCAACCAUCUCGAUCCUUUGCUUCAGCUCCGCAAGCUCUUUCUUGGCAUGAACAAGCUGCAGGACAUCACAGAGCUUGACAAACUAGAAGUUCUUCCUUCGUUGACUGAGCUCUCUGUUGUUGGUAACCCUGUUGCCAAAAAUUCUCUCCACAGGCCACCGAUGGUACUCCGUCUGUCCCGGUUGCAGGUCCUGGAUGGAGAGAUGGUCACCCUGGAGGAGAGGACCAGGGCUGAACUCCUCAGUGCUGAUCCAUUAGCAUGCUCCCAAUGCUCUGGAGCUUCUCUUCCUACCACUGAAAUAAACCUACCUGAACUGCUACCCCUCGUGCCUCGAAACACCCCACUCAGAGGAAUGACUAUAAGUGGAGCACUACAGAACUUUAUGCACGGGCACGAUAUCCUGCCAAGUAACGUGGACGAGGCCCAAUCUCAUCACACAUACAAGCACAAGAAGCACAAGCACGGUAAUGCUGUUCGUAACGGCCAAGCUGACAUUACAUUUAGACAAAUUCGAAGAACAGGAAACAACCUGCCAACCACAGGUCUUCUUCAUGAUGGGAACAGAGUCAUUAUCACCCAUCCCAGCCAGGAGCAAGAAAGCAGAUUUCCAAAUGGUGGCAAACCUCCACACAUGUAGCGGCUAGAAGAGGUGGCGCAUAAUCUGGUUAAAGUUGAAACAAAAUUAAACACAAGAAACAGCCAUGUCGUAUGGUC